UGUGUUGCUACAUUUCCGCAAAAGUUUCUAGUUGCAGCAGACUUCCCUUCCUCGGGUUUUGUUCGGGUUGUUGGACUCACCAAAGUUUAGAAAAAUGAGUGAAAUGAAGCCAAGCGACGUGCCUGCAGCUGAAGACAGCAGCGAGGAAAAAGACUGGGCUGCGGCCAAAGCGUUUUUUGACAACCUCAAAUCAAACAAACCGAGACCUCCCAAACCCCGGUUCGCUGUCACCAUCGCCGUCUCCUCUCGCACCCUCUUCAACAUGGUGGCAGAGAGGAAGAUCUACGAGGAGGAAGGCCUGGAGAAGUACGUAGCUUUUCAAGUGGAACAUGAAAACGAGCCUCUGAAGCCAGGACCUGCCUUCCCCUUCGUCAAGGCGCUGAUGAAUGUCAACUGCCGACUGAGGGAGCUCUACCCAGACAGCGAGGAGCUGUUUGACAUUGUCUUAAUGACUAACAACCAUGCCCAAGUUGGAGUGCGCCUCAUAAACAGCAUUAAUCACUACGAUUUGACCAUUGAGAGAUUCUGUAUGACGGGAGGGAAAAGUCCCAUAGGUUACCUGGAGGCUUACAUGACAAAUCUUUACCUCUCCAAAGACUCGGAGAAAGUCACAGAGGCCAUAGAGGCAGGAAUUGCUGCGGCUACAAUGUUUAUGCCGGAAACAGAGAAUCAGUUGAGCGACACUCAACUGAGAGUGGCCUUUGAUGGCGACGCUGUCCUCUUCUCAGACGAGUCAGAGAUCAUUGUGAAGCAACAUGGCCUGGACACUUUCUUUGAGCAUGAAAAGCAGUUUGAGAACAAACCUCUUGCUCAGGGCCCCUUAAAGUGUUUCCUGGAGGCCUUGGGAAAGCUCCAGAGAAAAUUUUACGCCAAGAACGAGCGCAUGAACUGCCCCAUCCGAACCUUUCUGGUCACGGCCCGCAGUGCUGCGAGCUCCGGCGCUCGCGUCCUGAAGACCCUCCGCAGCUGGGGUUUGGAGAUCGAUGAGGCUCUCUUCCUGGCUGGAGCUCCUAAAGGGCCCCUGCUGCGCCAGAUUAAACCCCACAUCUUCUUUGAUGACCAGAUGUUCCACAUUGAGGGUGCCAAGGACCUGGGAACCAUAGCAGCACAUGUCCCUUACGGAAUCGGACAGAAAUACAACAGGGGGAAACUGAUCGAGCAGCCUGCAAAAAAGGAAUAGCUGAGUAAUGGUUAAAAUAUGAAAUACGCACUACGUCAUUACGUGGACAAGAGGAAGUUUGCUCUAAGUUGAAAUAAUUUAAAAAAAAAAGUUUUCUAUUAAAAGCAGCUCUUUUCUUUUCUUUUUUUUAUGUUUUGGCAAAACAUUUAACAAGGUUAAAGUGUUUUUUGUUGUUGUUUUUAUUUUAUAAGAGGUAUAUGUAUUGACAAUGUAUUUUCACACCAACAGUUACACAAGGUGCCGUACACUGUUGCACUUAAUACUGUUAUGGAGGAGAAAUCUGUCGGCACCUUUUAUCUGUUCUACCUUAUGAAAGGCUUAUUGUCUGAGGAAUAACACAUUUUGUCUAUUACAUUGAAGUUCAUACAAUGACUUCAUACUUUUAUACUGUAACCCUAUAUUGUAUCUUAUAAUAUGGGUUUCUCGCUAAACCAGCAGCUAAAAACCCCGGAUAAUGAGAUAGUCAUUUUGAUCAUUUUGGGUGUUUGGCAAUAAUCCUGCACAUAUAAUGGGAGACAUUUAUAUUUUAAAAGGGACUAGGGGUAGAUAUGCCGUGGCUUCUAAGGAACACUGAUGCUGUCUCGCUGUCAAUGCGCACCAAUGACAAUCUUUCCUCAAACUUUUAUACUCAUGUUCUGUGGAUUGUUUACGCUUUUACGCUGUAUCUGCAUAGCAGGCAGCACACUGUAACUACACUUUUCAUGUUGCACAUACUACAUGUAUGUCGUUUGCAGAUAGCAUUUUAUGUAUUUAGGCAUCAUUGAGGAGUUACUGCACUAGUUUGUAAAUGCUGGCAAUAUUUUUCUAUAUUUCGCAUUGUUUGUAUUCAUGGUGACAACAGUGACAUCAUUUUUGCACCGUUUAACUUUUCUGUCCAGGAGUGUACAAGUGUACUCAACACAGGAUGUAGAUGGAUAAAUAAAGCAAAGUACACUGGAACCCCA